GUGGAGGUUGUGUCAUGCAACAAUGCCUUUCUGCUGCAAACAGGUUAGGUUAGGUGACGGCACAGGCGCCUUACAUUAUACCUCCUGUCUGUUUAUCUGGGAAGGAAGAAAUCUGUCAGAAAACCAUCUCAGGGGAAUCCAGAGUAUGAAGGCUGCUGGACUCUCCUGACUGAUGGGUGUGGGCAAAGAAGUUUCCCAUCCGUCUGACAGUGCGACUGCAGGAGGAAGAAACCCUCUCCAGCUGCAGCCAGGAGACAAUCACAAUGGACCCGUCCGACCAGAAGCACUUUGCGGUUGUAGACUAUGUGAUAUUUGCUGUCUUGCUCGCUGCCUCUAUGGGCAUCGGCCUGUACCAUGCUCUGUCCGGUGGGCGUCAGCGCACAACACAGGAGUUCUUGAUGGCAGACAGAAGCAUGCGCUGUCUCCCUGUGUCCCUGUCACUCAUCGCCUCAUUCCAGUCCGCCGUGGCGAUCAUAGGCGUGCCGGCAGAGAUCUACACCCAUGGUACUCAGUACUGGUUCAUCGGCUGUGCCUACAUCCUGGGCCUCUUCAUUCCAGCUCAUGUUUUCAUUCCAGUGUUUUACAGACUGCAGGUCUCCAGUGCUUAUCAGUAUCUUGAACUGCGCUUCAGCAAAGCAGUGCGUAUCUGUGGAACUUUGACCUUCAUUUGUCAGAUGGUUAUCUAUAUGGGGAUUUGUGUGUAUACUCCCGCCUUUGCACUUAACGCAGUUACUGGAUUCGAAUUAUGGGGAACGGUGCUGGCCACUGGCCUAGUGUGCACGUUGUACACAACAAUGGGUGGUUUGAAGGCUGUCAUCUGGACAGACGUCUUUCAGACUGUGGUGAUGUUUGCAGGGCAGCUGGCUGUCAUCGUGGUGGGCGUGCAGAAGACUGGGGGAGUGUCUGAAGUUUGGAGGAAAGUCUUGGAGGGAAACCGCAUCUCUGGUCUCGACCUAAAUCCAGAUCCUACAGAGAGACACACUUUCUGGACUCUGGGGGUCGGCGGGAUCUUCCUCAUGCUGUCCCUGUAUGGAGUGAACCAGGCUCAGGUGCAAAGAUAUCUCAGCUCGCGCACAGAGAGGGAUGCUGUCAGGUCUUGCUACAUGGUGUUUCCCUCCCUGCAGCUGGCUCUGGCUCUCAGCUGUGUGAUGGGGCUGGUCAUGUUUGCCCGCUACUGCGGAGAGGAUCACUCUGACAAGCGGGGAAACUCCUCGAUGGAUGCGAUGGUGAUAUACUUUGUGAUGGAUAUGCUGCAGGAUCUUCCAGGACUGCCUGGACUGUUUGUGGCUUGUUUAUUCAGUGCAGCUCUCAGCACCAUCUCCUCCGCCUUCAACUCUUUGGCCACUGUGACAAUGGAGGACCUCAUCAAACCGCAUUUUCCCGCCAUGACAGAGGCCAGAGCGACCCUGCUGUCCAAAGCUUUAGCUAUGUCCUACGGGCUGCUGUGUCUGGCCAUGGCCUACCUCACUCACCUAAUGGGUGAUUCGGUUCUGCAGGUGGCUUUGAAAAUCUUCGGGAUGGUUGGUGGUCCUGUCCUCGGCCUGUUUUCCCUCGGCAUGUUCUUCCCCUGGGCCAACUCCACUGGCGCAGUGGCAGGUCUGGGUGCCGGUCUGGCUGUGUCUUUCUGGGUUGGCAUCGGCAGCAUCCUCACUCGUAGCAACACCGGCACGAGACCGCCUGUACCUGACUGCAGGGUCAUGCUGCUGUCAGACAACACAACUGCUGCCAUUCACACUGCACUCAGCAAUGUCACUAUGAGCCGACCGUCUGGACUGAAGAGGUUUUAUUCAUUGUCUUACAUGUGGUACAGUGCAUUUAACUGCUUCACAGUCAUUUUAAUCGGCCUGAUCAUCAGCUUUCUCACAGGCCCUAUGAAAGAGGAGGAUGUGACACCAGGCACAGUCUACCCCUUGUUGGGCAAACUGCUUCAUUUUCUGCCUGAACGCCUCAAAAAGAAGCUCUGUUGUGUGACUCCUCUGGGACAGACACUCUCAUCUCAGCCUCCACAACACAAAGAAAGGAAUGGGUCGGCCUUCCAACAAGAGGACGGACCGUCACAGGAAGAGACAGAGAGCUUUCUUCCUGAUGCUCACACACCUUUUGUGGAGCGUGAAACAGCUGUGUGACAUCGCAGUCUCUUAUGUCAGGAUGGAAAACGGUUAAAACGCCUUUAGACAAAACACUUGGACAAAGAAUAUACUUGUCUACUGUUGACUUUGCUUUGUGAUGAAGGCUGUAAUUCAAGUUCGCCCUGUUAAAUGCUGCAGCGAGGUCAAAGCUAAACACUGGAGGUUCUUUUUUUAAAUCUGGUAGCAUCUUCAUGUCUUCUAGAAAACACAAGUACAGCUGAGCCUGUAAGUUUUACAGAUAGUCACAUGUUUGAUUUAUAUACAGUUUCUGUCAACUUCAGGUACAUGAUCACUGAUUCACAUUCAGUCUGGUCCUUGCAUGUAAGAAAUACUGCACUACACUGCUAUCUGUGUCCACUGAGCAACUGAAAAGGUUUCAUACCGAUAUUUAUCUCUGUAUAUACUUGACUAUUGUUUAGUGCUGCUGCAGCUGUAUGAAUGGUCCUGUGUCAUACCGAUGUGAGAGGACAGUGCAUCACUUUUUAAGGUCGUAUGACUGAAUUUUGGCUGUAAUGCAGCUGAAACAGAAAAAAAACCCUUUUCUAAAAAGGAUUAAAGAUUUUGUAGUUAACUCUU